AAGGACAGUGGAACCGUCAGCGAAGAAGACGGUAAGUUGCAGUUAUCGAACUGAUACUGUUCCCGGUUUCUAUGAUUUAAUUAUAGAUGAUUUCUUACCUAUGUUGCCUCCCGGCUUUGUACCCGAUAAAAGUGUGAUCGUCAGCUCGUCAGACUCCCAGAAUAAAGGAGUUGACGACGAUGAUGAAGAUUUUGUAGACUACACAUGCUCUUUUUCUGUGCUUUUACCUGCACUGUUCAUUAAGGUCUCAGCUCUACGAUUCGAGCCGAACGGGGUACGCUUUGCGUCGGGCGGUGUUGAUUUUCAAGUGAAAGUAUUUGACUUUCAAAAAAUGGACAUGAGUUUACGUUCCGACAAAGACCUUAUGCCUUGUGAGAGCCACAUUAUCAACGACAUCGCCUUCAGCGCUAAUGGUGAAUCAAUGCUAGUCUGCAGUACUUCAGCACAAGUUUUCCUUAUUGAUAGAAGUGGUAAACAGUGGGCUGAAACUGUUCGAGGAGAUCAGUACCUCGUAGAUGUCAGUUACACAAAAGGACACACGGCUGCUGUCAACUGUUGCCAAUUCAAUCCAAUAAUCAAAGACGAGUUCAUGACAUGUGGUGAUGACGGAACUAUACGUUUAUGGAGUCUAGCCGAUUUCAAGAUUAUGACAAAAACGAUAAACACUCAUAGGAAGGUCAUAAAAACGAAAACUGCUGGUGGUAAACGGGCCAUGCCGCAAACAUGCUCUUACUCUUUGGAUGGCAAGCUAAUUGUUGCCGGUUGUGACGAUGGGUCCAUUCAGAUGUGGAAGUACGGGAAUCUCUAUGUAAGAACCUCACUUUUUUCGUACUUUUUUUGCAAUUUUGUUUUUCAUGUGUUCCUUAACACUUUAAUAUCCUUUUUCCCUGCCUUGGAUGGUCCGAUUACCUGCAUUGCCUUUUCUCCGGAUUCUCAGAAAGUUCUGACGAGAGGUUUGGAUGACGCUAUGAGGAUGUGGUCCAUCAAGGACAACAAGAAACCUAUUCUUGAAUUGACGGAUUUGGAAAAUGCGUUUAGAAGUACGGACUGCGGUUUCUCUCCAAGAGGGGAGUUGGUCUAUACGGGCACAUCAACACCUGGUGAAGAUAUGGCCGGCAAAUUGCUUUUCUACAGUGCGGAUACGUUCGAUCUUGUGUACAAGAUUGAAUAUCCUGGCAUAAGUUGUACGAAGAUUGAUUGGCAUCCCAAACUAAACCAGAUUUUAGUAGGUCUUAGCGAUGGAACUAUAAGAAUAUAUUAUGACCAACAACUGUCAACUCGUGGGGUUUUGGGAUGCAUCACGAGACCAGUUCGCAGGAAUCGUGCUAGCGAGUUUGUUCGUGAAGAGAUGAUUCUGUCACCACUUACCCUUGAAAUGUUCCAACCACGUGGAGAAGAGGGUGAAGAAAAGGAGGUGACCGGAUUCCGGCUGAAAAAGUACCUACGUAUGCGUGACAAUCAACAACGUCCACAAUUCCGCAAGCCAGCAGAUGUACCUAUUGGAAGAAGUGCCAAUGGAAGAGUGGUUGCAAGUGGUGGCAGUUUGCAUUCAUAUGUGGCUCAACAAAUGGGAACAAUGAAAAACAAGACGUUCCUGGAGGAUACAGAUGUGAGGUCAAGCAUUCUACGGCAUGCAGAAGAGAACCCGCUUUAUGUGGACAAAGCCUAUCGUAAAACGCAGCCGAAGCCUAUUUUCCAAGAAAAGACCACAGCACCUGAAGAAGAAGAACCCGAAACAGAGUUACAACCCGUGUUCAAAAUGCCUAGGUUGAAUUGA